AUGCACAUGAGUCAAUUCAGCCAAUCUAGAAAUGAAAGUAAAGAAAAGCUUGAGCCUGUUGUUGUGAAGACUCUUCAGGAAAUCAAAAAUGAAAAGAAAGAAAAUAAUUGGAAGUCAGAAAGAAAAGAAGUUUUUCCAAUCUAGAAAUUAGAAAUACUUCAAAAUUUUAAUGUUUGCGAUCAAGAUACUUUCAGAUCAUAACUUGACGGAUUGAUUGAUUAGAAAACUGAUAGAUACUAUGGGCAUGAAAAUUCAACUUUCAAAUACAUUGAAAACACUAUGAAUUUCAGACAUAAAUUAGAUAAAAUAGACGAACUAAUUUAAAACCAACUUUUCAAGGGUACUUAUGAAUCCAUUUAGCCCUAAUAUAUUUACAAGAAGGACGAUAUUUUUGACAGUAAUUCUAAAAGGAAAAAGCUUUUCAAUGUUCAAGAUAAUAUGAGUUUUAAUCUCAAACACACAGAUAUUUUAACAGAUCAUCGAGGUUAUAUAAUCACUAAAACUGGAAGUAAAUUUUUCAGUAUCAAGGAACUUUUGGAUAGAGAUAAGCUUAGACAAACUCCAAGGCCAGAUUCUAAUAUGGAAAAAGAUGAGUCACAGAUAUAGUAGUUAAACUAAACUGAUAAAUCUAUCAAAAGAAUUAGCUUAUUGAAGAAUGAAGUACUAGAUACUCAAGUUGGCAAUAUCUAGCAGUAAUAAUUAACAUAGAUAAGAGAAAGGAGUUUUUCAAAGAAACAUAAGCACGAUGCUAGGAAUUCCUCAGUUUCUAAAUUAAUGUUAAAGAAGGAGGAUUCAAUGUAGUAAUAAUAGGUUGGAAAUAGAUCAUUCAUUUCUCAGGCGCAGUAAAAUCAGAAAUUCAAGCUAGAUCUUAUGUCUGAUGUUUCCUAAUGGUUUAAAAAUAAAAUAACUAAAGAACAAAAAAAGGCUGGAUUUCUAGAAAAGUUCUCUGAAUUCAAGAGUAAAAUAGAAAAAUAACUAGAUGAAGAUGAUGAUAAUUCUGAAAAUAAUUCUGAGAAGAGUUAUCAAAUGGAUGAUGAAUUAAUUCAAUAAAAUAUGAAGUCUACUGCCUACUUCGAUAAAAAUUAAAAACUCACAUUCGAAAAAUAGAAUGCAAAAGAAACAAAGAAAAUAAUGAAACUACUUUUAGGUGAUGAAAUUAGCAUAAAAUAGGCAAUGAGGGAGAAUGAUACCAUUUCAAAAGGUAUUGGGUAAAUUCAAGACAAGCUAAACUAUUUGCAAGAAAUACAAUAAGCAAAUGAUGCUCUAAAGAGUAUUAAGACUUUAAUGGAAGGUAAAAAUAUAAAAAGAUUGUAAAAUUUGAACAUCGAUCCAUUCUAAUUAGACGAAGCAUCGUAGUAAAUGUAUUAGGAAAUCCAAAAAAUGCAAGAGCAAAUGAUAGAAAAUAUUUAAAAUGAGGAGGAUUAAGAUAUUCCAAGUGGCUCAGGCGGUAUAUAAGAUGCAGUUAGAUAUUUUAAAUUCAUUCCAGAUUUCCAAGAUACGAUCAUAUUCAAUAAUAAUAAUCUUGAUGAUGAUAAUUUUGCAAUUAUUCUAGAAGCCUUCGUUUCAAUAAAAGGAUUGAAAGCUCUCUAUACUAUUCAAAAUUCUGAUCUAUAAGAAUUAUGCCUUAAUGGUUGCAAAUUAUCAUCAGCUGUAAUUGGGGAUUUAUUGGGAAAUUUAAAAUAAUCUUGCUAGUUAAAAGUACUAGGACUCUCUUAAUAGCAGUUUGAUCUUCAUGCAUCUCUAAAUUUAGUCUAGCUUAUAAAGAACACAUAGUAACUUUUAAAAUCAUGUGCCUCUAAACAUUCUCUAGAGUACUUCAAUCUUUCAUUCAAUCCAGUCAAAGAGUCUUUGAAAACAGAUUUCGCUAAUGCUAUUAAAUCUUUUAUACUUUAAAGUUUGUCAUUGACUCAUUUCAAUCUAAGUGCUUGUGGUCUACAAGGAUAGAAUGCUCUUAUUGUAUUUAGCAGCUUAAGAAAAGCAAAAACAUUGCAAAGUCUGCAUUUUAGUGGAAAUGAAUUAGAUGUUAAAACAGCAAAUUAAAUAAGAGAAAUGCUUAAAUCACGUUAUCUUAAACUAAAUGAAGGAAAUGAAGGAUUAUAUACUAAUGCUGAAAAAGACUAUAACUAACUUCCAAACAUUAAUAAUUAAGAUUCCAAUGCUAAAUAUUAGCUCAGCAAGGAGGAAAGAUAGAAAAAAUAUGAUUAGCAAAACAAGCCUUCAACUGACGUUCAUUAUGAAGAGAAAAACAUCCCUAAUAAAGAUCAAUAUAUAUUUUCAAGAAUUCUUGGUCAUUUAGAGAUAUAAAAUGCUCAUAAAUGGGUUGAGAGAGAUGAGUGCUGGAUUUGCAAUAAGUGGUAGUAUGUAUUAAUUAUAUGGUCAGAAGGAGUGAGUGAUCUCUUAUAUGAGCAUAAGCCAGCAAAAUAUUUAUAAUAGCAUGAGAAUUUGAUUAAGAAAAGCAAUCCUCUAGUAGAAAAUAUCUAUGAAAAUACCAAAUUGAAUCCAAUUUUAUUUGGUCAUGCAACUAACUUUUAUCAUAAAAAGUUUCUCUCAAUUGAUGAUUUUCGGGAGAGAUUGGAGAUAAAUCUAAAACCAUACUAGAGAAUUGUUGCGAAGGAGGAGGAAAAAUCAAGAAUCGAUAAGCUUACAUAAGAACGGUUUCACAAAGCAAAGGUAAUGCUUUCAAUGAUGAGAAACCUCUCAACUAAAAUGCCUUUAAAAUCAGCUAAUUAGAAAAAGGAGUCCAAUAAUAAGCUUUAAAAUUUGUAGAUGAAUUAAUAAGAUCUCAAGAGCAUUUUUUUGAUAAAUAAAUAAUGGCCAAAGACUUUUAAGCAGGCAUAUGAUGAUCUUGAUCAUUAGUAAUUAAUAUUGAUUGAUGAUGUAAUAAAGUCAAAGCUAAAACCAGAUGAGCUUUACUUCGCUUAUGCUUAAUAUUAUCCUCCUUGCUAAGCCUAAUUUAUUACUCAAUCAUAUCACAAAAGACAAUAUAUAUUUGUAAAGAAUUUUGAAAUCAAACAUAGACUUACCGAUAUCAAGUUAUCUUAUAAAAAGAUUAAAAAAUACAGAAUUAACAGGAAUUUCUCUUUAAAACAAAGUGUUUUUUCGUAAUGGGCAGUUGAUAUUCAAUAAGAGUACAGAAAAGCAUUUGAGGCUGAUAUGAAAUAUUCUAAAAUUAAGAAAUUUAUAAAAGAUCCUACAGAAUUUAGAGAUGUAUGCCAGACACUUCUAAACAAUUAUGCAGGAAUAUUUGAAGUCUAUGUUUAUUGCAGUGGAAGAAGCAAUUAUCCUAGUGUCUAAUGGAUUGAUUUUACUGAUUUUUGCGCUAGUUGGAAGAUUAUUGAUAGAAACCUGACUCUUGCCAAGAUUGAUAUGCUCUUUGUUGCAGUUAACUAUGAAGGAGUGCCAGGAGGGUUAGAUGAUAAUCCAGAUAAAGAGUUGUGCCGAUAUGAAUUUUUUGAGAUUUUAGUCAGAAUGGCUUUAGCAAAACAAGAACUUAUUUGGACUUUAGAGGUAGAUGAUCUGUUUAAGGCAAACAUGAAUAGCAUUAAGAAGCUUUUCCAAUCAGUACUUACAGGCCUGAAAAGAGUAUUUACUUUAGAAGAUGCAAUUGAGAUGGUGCUGAAAGCCAGUGGAUUGUAAAUGAAUAUAAAAGAUGCAAGAGUUGCUCAUGCUUAUUCUAAAUUUUUAGUUGUUGAUGAAAUGGAAAAUAUUGACAGUCUAUAACUUCUAAAUUUUGGAGAAUUUUAGGAGUUUAUUGCGAGACUUGGUCAAAUCAAAUAUGGAGAUCCUACCAUGACAUUAUAUGAUAAGAUAUUUAAAGUAUUAACAGAACUUUUAAGACUUAUUGGAACAUCUCCAUAACAUCCUAAAAAUGAUGAUUUAGGGUAAAGUGAAAGUGACUAUGAUGAGGAUCCUGAGAACUUAGAAUGA